AUGGACUACCGUUGUGAUGUGGGUGAGGGAGGGAAUUUAUCAUGGAAUGCCUGUCCAUGCGACCAGCCGCAGUGGGACAGGAGUGUGUUCAGUGAAACAAUGCAAACGAAAUUCGGACUAUUUUGCGAAAGUAUUUGGCUAAUUAGCUUCUCGCAGAGCAUGCUUUAUGUUGGAAUGUACGGCCGCCUUUCAAUGUUUUCCACGAGCUGUUUAAUUCUGUCGAUAUCUGGGUGUCUAGUAAUUCUAAUGCCUAAUGUGACGUCUCUUAUCUUCAUGCGUACCAUUGAAGGUAUUGGUACUGGGGGAGCAAUGGUUACUUCAUAUGUCCUCUGCAUAGAAUACACUGGCUUGAAAUACCGAGAAAUUAUAACAGCCUUGUUUCAUAUACCUAUUAAUAUAAGUCAUACACUGUUACCUGGAUUGUCAUACUUACUACGAAAUUGUGAUGAUCUGCAACUAGCGCUGUCGGUUCCUGUGAUACUGUAUGUAGCAAUACCAUGGUUGAUAAUGGAAUCCCCUAAAUGGUUAAUGGACAUCGGUAAAAUUGACAAAUCUGUUAUUGUUAUGGAAAAGUUUUCAAAAUUGGUUAGUUUUGCCUGUGUCUGCAAUAGCUUAUUUUCUAUGUCCUUUAUGAUAGUAUUAUUGUACACUGUGGAAUUAUUCCCAACAUCAAUAAGAAAUUCAGUGCUAGGUAUUUUAUCAGUGUUAUCAAGACUUGGUCAAAUAUCAGCUCCCCUAAUCAAUGCUUUAUCAGAGAACAUAGCGGGGGCUAUAUUUGGUGUACUAGCAUUGUCUGGGACAAUUUUUUGUUAUUUGUUACCUGAAACCAAAGACACUGAGCUACCGUCCUCAUUAGAUGAUACUAAAACUCUUACACGUAGAAAGACGCAUCUUGAACCAGAUAUUACUAACACAUCU